CGGGGAUCCCGGGGCGGCCGAGGGGGCCCUGCAGGACUCGGCUCGCGGCGGCGACAUGGACCGGAUGGCCAGCUCCAUGAAGCAGGUGCCCAACCCGCUGCCCAAGGUGCUGAGCCGGCGCACGGUCGGCGCGGGCGUGGAGGCGGCCGAGCGGGAGAGCUUCGAGCGAGCCCAGACCGUCAGCAUCAAUAAGGCCAUUAAUACGCAGGAAGUGGCCGUGAAGGAGAAACAUGCCCGGACCUGCAUCCUGGGCACGCACCACGAGAAAGGGGCACAGACCUUCUGGUCCGUGGUCACCCGGCUGCCCCUGUCAAGCAAUGCCGUCCUCUGCUGGAAGUUCUGCCACGUGCUCCACAAGCUGCUCCGAGAUGGGCACCCCAACGUCCUAAAGGACUCGCUGAGGUACAAGAGUGAACUGAGUGACAUGAGCAGGAUGUGGGGUCAUCUGAGCGAGGGCUACGGCCAGCUGUGCAGCCUCUACCUCAGACUGCUAAGGACGAAGAUCGAGUAUCACACCAAAAACCCCAGGUUUCCAGGUAAUCUUCAGCUGAGCGACCGGCAGCUGGACGAGGCCGGGGAGAGUGAUGUCAACAACUUUUUCCAGCUGACAGUAGAGAUGUUCGACUAUCUGGAGUGUGAGCUCAAUCUCUUCCAGACUGUAUUCAGCUCCCUGGACAUGUCCCGCUCCGUGUCAGUGACCACAGCUGGCCAGUGCCGCCUUGCACCACUCAUCCAGGUCAUCCUGGACUGCAGCCACCUCUAUGAUUACACCGUCAAGCUGCUCUUCAAGCUGCAUUCGUGCCUCCCUGCUGACACCCUCCAAGGCCACCGCAGCCGCUUCAUGGAGCAGUUCACAAAGUUGAAAGAUCUAUUCUACCGCUCGAGCAACCUCCAGUACUUCAAGCGGCUACUCCAGAUCCCACAGCUGCCAGAGAACCCCCCCAACUUCCUCCGCGCCUCCGCCCUGUCUGAACACGUGAGCCCUGUGGUAGUCAUCCCGGCUGAGGCCUCGUCCCCAGACAGCGAGCCCGUGCUGGAGAAGGAUGACCUUAUGGACAUGGAUGCUGCCCGGCAGGAUGUAUUUGACAACAAGUUUGAUGAUGUCUUCGGCAGCCCCUUCAGCAGUGACCCCUUUAACUUCAACAGCCAGAACGGCGUGAACAAAGAUGAGAAAGAUCAAUUGAUCGGACAGCUGUACCAGGAGAUCAAUGCCCUGAAGGCCCAGCUGGAGAGCCUGAAGGUGGAGGGGCAGCGCACAGUUCUGCAGCUGAAGGGUCGUAUCAGUGAGCUGGAGGCAGAGCUGGCAGAGCAGCAGCACCUGCGGCAGCAGGCAGCUGACGACAGCGAGUUCCUGCGGGCAGAACUGGAUGAGCUCAAGAAGCAGCGGGAGGACACCGAGAAGGCCCAGCGCAGCGUGACUGAGAUAGAACGGCGAGCCCAGGCCAAUGAGCAGCGGUACAGCAAGCUCAAGGAGAAAUACAGUGAGCUGGUGCAGAACCACGCAGACCUGCUGCGCAAGAAUGCUGAGGUGACCAAGCAGGUAUCGGUGGCCAGGGAAAUGCAGGCUGAUAUGGAACGAGAGAAGCAAGAGCUGCAGGACAACGUACAGCGCCUCAGCGAGCAGGCCCAGAGGAAGACCCAAGAGCAGACUGAAGUUCUGGAGAGCUUGAAGCAGGAGCUCCAAAUGCUACAAAAUAACCUUCAGGCUUCCAAGCAGUCCGAGUCUAAGUGGAUGGCCCAGAUCGCUGGGGUCAAGGCAGAGCGGGACGGCUUGCUGGACUUCUUGUCUCAGAAGGAGGAGGAGGUGUGUGGCCUGCAGGAGGUGCUGAGGCAGACAAAGCUGCAGCUGGCCAGCGCACAGGACUCUCUGCUCAAGAUGGCUAAGGAACAGCGGAAGAACCUGCUGCAGGAGUCGAAGAAGGCGGCUGAGCAGGUGAUACAGGAGGCCCUGCGGCAGCUGGAGGAACCCGAAGUCACCAACAACUGUGGAGCCGCAGAUCAGCUCCUGGCCAAGGUCAAGUCCACAUCCAACUGCAUCGAGCAGUUGGAAAGAAGACGAAGUCAGUUCCUGUCCUGCCCAAAUGAUAUCAGUGGGCUCCUCCAGUCCGUGACUCUCCUGGCACACUUGACCAGUGACACCAUCGUCUAUGGCAGCGCCACGUCCCUGCAUGCUCCCCCGGAGCCCGCCGAUUCUCUGACGGAGGCCUGCAGGCAGUAUGCCAUGGAGACCCUCGUCUACCUGGCUUACAUGGACGGAGGUGAAGGUGCCCUGGAGAACGCAGACAGCACAGCCAUGCGGGAAUGUCUCAGCCGCAUCUCAGCCAUCAGCGAGGAGCUGCUACCCCGGGGCCUGGACAUCGUGCCCGAGGAGCUGGGAGACCUGGUGGACAAGGAGAUGGCCGCCACCACCGCUGCCAUCCAGACCGCCACUGCCAGGAUAGAGGAGAUGCUCAGCAAAUCCCGGGAAGGAGACACAGGGGCCAAGCUGGAGGUGAACGAAAGGAUCCUGGGCUCCUGCACCAACCUCAUGCAGGCCAUUCAGGUGCUCAUCGUGGCCUCUAAGGAGCUGCAAAGAGAGAUCGUGGAGAGCGGCCGAGGAACCGCAUCACCCAAGGAGUUUUACGCCAAGAAUUCUCGCUGGACAGAGGGCCUCAUCUCAGCUGCCAAAGCAGUGGGCUGGGGAGCCACGGUCUUGGUGGAUGCAGCUGACCUGGUGGUACAAGGCAAAGGAAAGUUCGAGGAGCUGAUGGUUUGUUCCCGGGAAAUUGCAGCCAGCACGGCCCAGCUAGUAGCAGCAUCCAAGGUGAAAGCUGACAAGGACAGCCAUAACCUGACGAAGCUGCAGCUGGCCUCUCGGGGGGUCAACCAGGCCACCGCCCAGGUCGUGGCCUCCACCAUCUCCGGCAAGUCACAGAUCGAGAAGGCAGCUGAGGACAUGGACUUUUCCAAAAUGACCUUGACUCAGAUCAAACGCCAAGAGAUGGACUCGCAGGUACGAGUGCUGGAGCUGGAGACAGAGCUGCAGAGAGAGCGGCAGAAGCUGGGGGAGCUCCGGAAGAAGCACUACGAUCUGGCUGGGGUUGCCGAGGGCUGGGAGGAAGAAAAUGAAACCUCUGCUCCUUCACCACAAGCAGCAACCCCAGAACAAGAAUAGAGCCGCACUGACAUCUACACGUCAGCCUUCUCUUCCGUUUUCAUCAUUUGCACAACUUGGGGACAUCGGGGGCUGGCGGACCCCAUCCAAGAUGCUGCCUUGAAUCUGCUGAGUGACCGGAACCAGCAGACGUGCUGGCUGCCCAGGCCCUGGCCCCAACCCUAUUCCCCACCCUUGGCCCUUCCAUGCAUUCCCGGUUUCUGACGGUGGCUGGCUGGGUUUUCUUGGUUUUCGCUUUCCACUUUCACUUAUCAACUGUCCCAAAGGGAAAGUCCCCCUUCCCUGGUGCUCUGCACCAUCUGGGGCCACACACACACACACACACA